AGCACCGUAGGACCUAGCUCCCUCUAGCCAGGACAACUACACAAUUUUGACCCAGUCUAGUACAUUUUUUGACCUGGCACUGCUGGUUGUAGUUGUGCUUUUUAAUGAACAAGAGUUUCUACGUGCUGCGCACCUUAGAACCCGAGUACAUAAAAGUUUUCUUCUACCCUGACUCCUGUGGUACAUUCUACAGAUUGCUUUCGCUUUCUAGCUCUGAGCGAACCAGUGUACAGAUUAUUUUUCGGUGAAAUUGAAAUAAGCAUACUUUACACUAUACAAUUACAAGUACAAGCUCAAGCAAAGAAUGCGGCUGUGGUCCGAAAAAUCCGUAAAGCGGGCACCAGCAGCACUGGUUCAUUGCCCGAGAAGAAAUAAGAGCAUGAUCGCAUCAACUUUGGUCCACCUCCUUUUGAAUGAAAUACUAAUUCUUCGUGGUAUUAGCUCCUUGCAGCUGAAACCACUCCUGGGGGACGACGAGGACUAUGAUGAAAGUAGAACCCCGGCCGCACGACAGUUGCCACCAGAUGAAGCAGCAGGAGUAGUGCUAGAGUCAGCUGGACGUGGUCGUCCAGCUGAACAAAUCAUUCCCGAUCAGAACGGAAACGAGGGGGAUGUCGAAGAAGGACGACCUCAAGAAGCGCUUUUGAAAAAUUCCGAGGAGGACGAGAAAAUGAAAAGUGGUUUUUACCAGCAGUGGAGAGGAGAUCAUGAAACGCAACCCGUGGUCUUGACCGGGUCCUUUUCGAUGUUGUCACUUGACGCGCGGGAACAAACAGAUAACGAUCCCUCUGCUGCUCGAAUUUUACAAGAACUAUCCUCUUUACCCGCGGAGGAAAGCCUGUGCCGGUUACGGGAUUUGCCACCCUGGGAAGUAGAUCCGAUCGGGCAGCGUUUUGAGACCAAAAGAGCGCGAAUGUGGUACGAAGCCCUGCAGGAGAUUCCUAGCUUGGCGGAAAAGAUUAUCGUGAGGAAAAAUUAUCCCGCCUCCCCAUACCAAAAAGGGAUACUUCUGAAAAUUUGUGUUGCUGAUUUGUGGACACAAGUCGUCUCUGUAUUGCAAGAAGGCCAAUGCAGCGACUCCGGGACCUCAUGCAGGGGGUUUGUGAUGCUAUGGGGCCUACAGGGUUCACAUUUGCCAUGCUACGCGCCUACGUCAAAACCCUUCUACUAUAGGCGUGAUAUUAUGGGCCUGCAGUCUUCUAUUGCAAGACAGACCUGAUUUGCGUACGCAAAUCCAGCGUGAGAAACUUCCUGUUGAUAUGGGCAAGGGGGACUUUUCCUUUUGAUAAAGAUGCGGAUCGCAUUAACCGGUUGUGCGGAUCAGCGGGGGCUGCUGGGACCGAUCCUGGAAAACGCGCUGUUGGGCUACAACCUUGUCCCUCUUGAUCAAGGAAGCACUUACUUCAAUCAAGAACUCGUCGGCAAGGGCAAAGGCAUAUGGUUCCCGCUGCGUAGGAAGGAGACCAACGAAGAGGGGCCAACAAAUCACCGACAAUACCUUGCGCACGAUUGCAAACUCGUGGAGCUUAUGGAUUGCAAAAAUGUCUGGGUCUGGAAGAAUGCAACUUGUGAUGCUGCAUUUGGAUUCCAGAAAAAUCUGUAUUGCAUGAGUACCAAAAGGAGUGUAAUUUUUCCUGCGCGGAGAGGGCAUUUGUCAUGCGGAAUAGGCAUCAAGAAGGUCUGAAAAAAUCUGUGAUGCUAGGGCAUGCAUUACAGACCUCAGGGCUCAUGCAAAACAUGCAUGACAAAUCUCAGAAUCUUCCAGACCCAGACAUUUUUACAUUUGAUAGAGCUCCUGUUUGACUCUUUUAGUCCAAGUAAGUCCAACGAGUUGUAUCGAGACGGAAAUGAUGAAUGGAAGAUGUUUCUACUCUUACCAGUCUGGGAAAAAUCUUCAACCACACACGACGACAUUGCAGCUGCAGCUUUCGGAAAAAAAGCUACAGCGCCGAGCGAGUUGGUGGCUGUGCGCGACAGCGAUGAGUUUGAGUUUAUUUCUAUCCUAUGUGAAAACGUCCUCCCCACCCCAUAGUCAAGAUGGGGAAGCGGCUAGACAAGUCCACGAGUUUUGGCUGUUUUGCAUGACAAACUUGGAAAAAUCGCAGUGUCGUGCCGAGUUUGAGUUACUUCAGAAGCAUCACUGAUCUAGUGCAUCAUGCUGGUUGGCGGAUGACAAAUUCCAAAACGCGACCAGAAAAUGCUUCUCAUGGGGCUCCGCAUGACAAACAUUUUGAGCAUGCAGAUUUGCAUGACAACUCUGGCGGGGUGGGGACGUUUUGACACAGGAUAAUUUCCUACCCGAUGCACCUGAUGGCAUACCUCUCGCUGGGUAUUCAGAGGAAAAAUCCCCCCUCCCCAUAUCGAAAAGGUACUUAUGUCUCCGAAGAUUUGUGUUGCUGAUUUGAGGUCACAAAUCACAUCUGUCUUGCAAGAAGACAAGGGCAGAAGCUUCCGCCUCAUUGUGGAAGCGAUUUGUCAUGCUGUUGGGCCUAAAGGUCAGCCGUUUGCCAUGCUGAGCAACUAGGCCCAUACGCCCCUACCUAGCCUGGGGAUCUGGCCGGGGUGCCUAUCUGCAAUACUAAGCUGAUUUGUGUACACAAAUCCAGCAUCAGAAAUUCCGUUUUAAUAUGGGGAGGGGGGAUUUUUCCUCUCAAUACUGGGUUCGUCUACUAGGAUUAAGGACCCGGAGUCCAUUAUGCUUUGCAAAUAUGUCUGGGUCGUCUGGAAGAGUACAAUUAUUGCGAUUUUGCCUUUGGAUGCUAAAAAAAAUCUGUAUUGCGUGAGCAGCAAGGGGAGUCUACUUCGGCUACGCGGAGAGGGCAUUAGUCAUGCGGAAUGCGCAUCGAUAAGCGCUCGCAAAAUCUGUGAUGCUAAGAACGCAUACAUCACAGACAUCACGAAUCGUGGAAAAUGUGCAUGACAAACUUGUCCUCUUCCAGACCCAGACAUAUUUGCGUUUGAUAUCCAUUCCCGGGCACACGACGCAGUCCUACUUGACUAUCCAGGAAGAAAACUGUGCGAAGAGCAGUGUAAGUAGGUGACCCUUCGGGUGACACCAUGACAAAUUUUCUCUGUAUAACGAUUAGUGAACAAAACCUGUCAUGCGCAGCUAGUACUUGAGUUUGAGAACACAUAUUAAAACAGGAGUUGAUCAUGCUGGCUGGCCAGCAUCACAGGUGUAAUGGUAUUGCGUCGUGCGUUGCAUCUUCACGACCACAAACUUACACCUAUACUUACACUUCUUUAUUUGCAUACUGACGCGCUUGUUGGACGGGUUUGUGCACGGGUAUGUGAUGGGGGGCCGAAAAAGCAACCCCUUAUCCUGAGCACAAACGUGACCACCCUUGCAAUCGCGAGAACUACACUUGUAAUGCGCAUCUCCACAAGAAACAUUUAUUGCAGUCGUGUUUUGAAAUUUGUAAUGCUCAUGCUGUAAACAGGAUGAGGAUAAGGAAACGGCUUUGAUGUGAUCCACGGCUGCCCUGCUUGCUAAACUGCAGCACAACCGUGCAGAGAGGAGCUUUUCAUGCGUGAACCCCACCACUUCUGGAUUUGUAUUGCUAUUGAGUUCCCAAUUGGACAGCCCCGGGGUAACUAACACGUUUAUUUUGCUCUGCAUACACAUUCAUUCCAAAUCCAAGUCAUGGUGCGGGCGUAGACCCCGCGGGGGACCCGCAAACGGUCGACAAGUUGCUAUCCGCAGCGCAGUAUCUUGUGCAAAAGUAUCGUACUCGUAGCAAAAAUUGCAAUCAUGCAUCACGUUUCUUUUUCUUAAGGUGAAUCCGCAUUACAAAUUUUAUUUCUCCUGCUGAUGAAAUUUGCAAUGCAUUUAUACGAGUGCGAUACGUUUGCAGUUGAUACGCAGCACAAAUCGUUUCUGGAUCCCAUCCUGAAAUUAUGACAGUGGACAACUCCCUCUCCCCCUCCCCCUCAUUUGAGUAUAGCAUGAAUGGCAAUACAAGCAUCAGCAAGAAUGCUGGUUUUGCAUGACAAAUUUGCACUGGAGUGUAGUGCUAUUUGGGCUGCCAGAACUUGUCAUGCAAACAAUGCCAAGAGGCAAAGAGAGGAUUGGGUAUUUUGCAUGACAGCUGAGGGGGAGGGGGAGUUGUGCACUUUUAUAGAAAUGGAUCAAAGUGCGCGAUGCGGAGACCUUGCUGUUUGGGGGCGGAUCGUUUUUGCAGCAAAAUGUUGGAAAUCCUGCUAGCCAACGCCAGUUGGUGACCACGAAAAGAAUCCUCCAGAAUUGGAAGCAUCUCGCAUAUGAAAAUGAAAAAAGCCCACACCCCAUAUCAAAACGAAAUUUUUGAUGCUGGAUUUGUGUACACAAAUCGACUUGUAAUGCUGGAAGGCCAAGAGCCGCAGUUGUGGCCUCGGGUGCAGGCAAUUUGUCAUGCUGUUUCCCACUUCCAGUUGCUCUCUGUCAUGCUGAAGGCGCAAGGCUUUCCCACUCCAGCCAGCACUACGCUCCGCAUGUCUUUCCUUCUAGCAUGACAGAGCUGAUUUGUGAUCACAAAUCUGCGUCACAAGUUUCUAGUUUGAGUAUGGGGUGGGGGGAUUUUUCAUUUUGAUAUCGCAAGCCUCAUGUUCCGGCUCCUACAGAUGGAGAUCGACUACGCGAAAUUUCUGAGUAGCCGCUCAGUAUCCAGGUUCACGCAUCAGACGGCGAACCAGGUUGGCGCGGGGGUUCAGACUGGACCUCUGAUGAAAGAAAAGGAAUUACCAGAUCUGCAACUGCAGCAGCAAUUUCUGGUUCAUCAUCGCAGAUCGUUGCCAACAAGGGGCGAUGGAUCAUUCGGGUCAUGCGAGGACGCAAAAAGCGACGUCUCGGCGUGUCCGGCGCGGCGAGUCUUCUACGCCCUGGAUUCGCUGGAGUCGGCACAAGGGACGCGGUACCCGCAGUUUUUGCACACGAUUUUGAUCGCAGUGAGCUCCUAUCAAGUGCAACAUAGUCUGGGUCUGGAAAGGUGGAACUCGUAAUGCGCAUUUCACAAGACACAAAAAAGCACAGACAGCAAAGAUUGCCAAUCCUUGUCAACCGCAAAAUAGGCAAUUUGUCAUGUGUAUAUAGGCAUCGGCGCUCCACCUACUUCUCAAAACCUGUAUAUGCUAUGCCCGGCAUGCCAGACCUGCUGGAUCUGGGUCAUGGAAACAUAGCAUGAGAAAAAUCUGCAUACUUCCGGACCCAGACAUAUGUGCGUUCUUUGAUAGCUCCAGGGCAGACGCGAUUAUUGGGAAUGCAAACGGGUUCAGAAACGCGCUGGCCCUUGGGUAUCUGGUAUCGGAGAUGUAUUACGGGACGGAGCGCAGACUCGGCGAUCUCACCGUAUCAAAAGUAAAAAUGUCUGGGUCUGGAAACUUGUGAUGCUGGGUGGCGUCUCAUGAGGAGGCUACAAAUGCUGGCACAGCAUCACAAGUUUCUGAGCUCCUAGGUGUUGCCUAUUCUGCAUGACAAACUGCGCUUCUGCAUCACAGAAAAACGGAGCUCUUGGGCAACGUGCAUGACAGAUUUUAGAGUCAUGCCAGACAAGCACGACAAACAUGAAUUCUUCCAGACCCAGACAUUAUAUUUGCAAUCCAUACACCGAAAAAUUUUACCACGACUCUACUAAAGCGGCAGGCCAUCCUCCCCAGCCACACUUGGACGAGGUGCGCCGUCGCUCGGGGCUUCUCACCGCCGGGCCGGGACGGGGCCCGGCUGGUCUUCUUGACCUGGCAACGAACGACCGGAUGAGCAGAAGUACCAAAGCGGAUUUGGCUGCUCAAGGUAGAAGAGGUGGUAGUGCCUCAGGACAAGGAGCUGCUGCGUGGUCGUCCACAACCCCUUCUUCAUCUUCCCCUCAGGAGGUGGAUUCGCCUUUCCUCCUCUGGCACCUCUACACCUACUGCGAUGCCAAAGUCUCGGAAAAGCACAUCGAUGCUUUUAAAGCUAGGCUGGGAUUAAAUUACCGGAUCUCCGGUACGAUAGCCGCACAGGACCUGUUUGUUUCGUGGGUGGUGAUGCAGCUCUGGUCGAGCACUUCGGUGGAGACAGCGGAAACCUUCAGUGGCAUGCGCAUCCGGAUGGGCAUAUCCCAGAGAAAAAAGCUGGGAGGGCAUCACUAUCUAUUAUAUUCAUGCGAAAAAAGAGGUCUACAGAGGAUAGAAGAGAGGUGGCCGAGAGGUCAAAAAGACGUGAAAAGAGGUCAAAAAGAGGUCCACAGAGGUGGAAAGGUGGCGCGGGAGGUCAUUCGGGAGGGUGGCCGAGAGGUGGCGCGAGUAUAGCCAGCCGAACCGGUCGCCCUAAAGCCGCGCCUAUGGGGGACGGAGGUGGCCGAUAGGGCCGGGAGAGGGUAAGCGAGAGGGGGACAGAGGUGCCGAGAGGUUGCGCGAAUAAGGGCGAACCCCUCGCGCACUCUCUGGGCCACCUCUCGGCCACCUCUGUAGACCUCUACCGGCGAGUAUAGCCGGAUUAUUAGCCACACCCCUUGGGAGAGGCCAAAAAGAGGGCCUGCGAGGGGGUAAAAAAGAACCGAAUCCGCCCAGCACGAGGCCGAUUUUGGUGGGACUGUUUCACGGUGUAGGCCCACACCUCUCGCGCUACCCCCCCGCGCACCCUCUCGCGCACCCUCUCGCGGACCCUCUCGCGCUAACCGCUCGCGCCAACAGCUUCCGCCGGGAAGCCAGUUGGGCGGGGGCGGGCGUGUGUGUGAUCAACAAAGGGCAGCGCGGUCCGAGUUCUGCUUCGGCACCGAUGCCGAGGCGGCUUCUCUUCGCCCUCAAGCUUCGCUGCAGCUGCUCUCUGCGCAUAGCGCCUGAAGGCGCGGGAAGCGCGCAGGAGGCCCUGCGGGUUGACAUGGCGCAAACCGGCGCCGAAACUUCCUUCGAUCUGUCACGCUGUCCGUAAAGCCCUGUCGCUGUGGCCCGAUCCGCAAAUAGUCCUGCCCCGCCCCAACAGCCUUGCGCCCCGGCGUCAGCCGGGGCAUGGCUGGUAUUUGUAAUGCAAAAAUAAAUACACAUAUUCAUAAGAGAAAGAAGGCGCAAAUUUUAGAAAGUAAAACGAAUGGACUUGGCUUUGAGCUUCUUACAGGAACAGGCUUCGCAUUCGCCGCACAUAUAUGGGCGCAGAAAGGACGAACAACUGGGCUUCGGCUAGCGCUCAAGGCGAGGAAGAAGAAAGCGGUUUUCGAAAAGACCUGAAAUCACAAACGGCGCACAAGUUGCACAAGAUGCGCGUCUACUUGUGAUAUGUAAGCUGUUCCGAGUACUUGUCAUGACAGAUAUGCCCUGCCAGCUUUUUUCUGUGUGAUAGGGCAAGGAGCGGGAUGUCAUCUUCAUGGAAAAAUUGCUCGGAAAGAUUCAAUUGCCACGCGAGGGGAUGUAUGGACUGCAACUAUGUCUGGGUCUGGAAGAGUGACACUUGUCAUGCUAAAUCUGAAACAUGCAAAAAUCUGUGUUGUCGGAUUACCAAAAGUCGUCCAGUUUUGACCAAGUCGGGAGGGAGUUUCUCAUGCAGGAUAGGCAUGAGAGAGAUCGCACAGAAUUUGUCAUGCUCUGUCCUACAGACCAGACCUCAUGGGUCAUGGAAAACCUGCAUGACAAGUCUGGCAGUUUUCCAGACCCAGACACUUUUGCAUUUGAUAGGAUGUUCGAAUGGGACGCAGUGAAAAAAGAUUACGUGUGGCGGGAAGAUGAAACACAGGAGCCCAAGUGGUCGAUUGCAAGCACGUUUCCGCGUCUUUGGCUUCGGGGGGCAGACAAUGUAUCACCUGCAAAAAUGUCUGGGUCUGCUGGAAACUUGUGAUGCUGGGUGGCGAUGAUUGAACAUGCUCCUGAGUGCGACCAAGCAUGACAAAUUUUUCGGACACUUCCUCAUGCGUAGUGCGCAUGAGAAACUGCGCUUUUGCAUGACAAAAGAAGGCUCCUUUUCCUGGUCAUGCAAAACAGAUUUUACAGAGAUCCAAACCACGCAAUACUUACAGGUUCCACUUUUCCAGACCCAGACAUUUUUACAUUUGAUACAAUGCAGGCCGGAGCAAUUUUCAUCUUCUCUAUUCCGGGGCCGGGGAGCGGACUAGUACCCUGCAGAUGGCCGGGGUCUUUUUUUCGAAGCUGAAGAUAGUGUUAGACGACAAGGAAAAAGACUGGGAAGGCUCGGCGCUGCUUGCGGACCAAAUUCGGUUUCUGCGUGCGGAGGGCACGCAAAAACUUCACAAGGACGCGCCCUUCGGCCAUAUUGCGAGGAAAAACCCCCCCUCCCCAUAUCGAAGAGGACAUUUGUGAUGCUGGACUUGCGUACACAAAUCGACUUGUAUUGCUAGAAAGGCAAAAGACGCAACUGUCGCCUGAAUUGUAGGCAAUUUGUUAUGCUGUUUCCCUCUUCCAGUUGCCUCCUGUCAUGCUGAAGAUGCAAGGCUUUCCAACGCCAGCCAGCACUACAGUCCGCAUCCUUUGCCCUCCAGCAUGACAACAUGAUUUGUGGUCGCAAAUCAGCAACACAAAUUUCCGUUUUGAUACGGGGAGGGGGCAUUUUUCCUUUUGAUAGGCCACAUCGCAGAAUUGGAACUGCUGAAAACCGCACUUGAGAAGCGAGAAAGGGAAAGCGAAAAUCCGGAGGCUAUCCUAUGUAAAAACGUCCCCACACCAUAGUCAAGAUGGGAAGUCUGCAACACAAAUCCCCAAGUUUUAGAGGUUCUGCAUGACAAGUUUCCAUCUGCAGUGUAGUACUGGCUGGCAAGGAAAGCCGCAUGACAAAGCCAUUUUCUCGUCCUGUUUACAGCAUUACAAAUUCCAAAACACGACUGGAAAUGCCUCUCAUGGAAGUGCGCAUUACAAAUCUUCCUGUCAUUGCGCAUUUGCAUGACAACUCUGGGGUACGUUUUUACACAGGAUACAGGCUGGGUCCUUCCCGGCCGUAUGGCAGCUGUUUUUUGCGCCAAAAGACCUGCUGAGACGGUCGCCGCUGCACGUAGCAGCGCAGGCGAGCGGCAAUCAAGAUCUGUUGCGAUUCCAUUUGAGCUUGGCCUUCUUCUCCACGAAAAACAUCGGAAACGACAGAAUGGUGACGGUACGAGAGUGCACAACUUCGUCCCCUCCCCCUCAUUUGUAGGUUGGCAUGAAGAGCCAUACACAUGACCACGCCAGCACGCAUGGAGCCUGUGCAUAUGCAUAACAAAUUUAUGUGCCUAUGUGUAAAAAUACAACUAUUUCUAUUCGGGCUUCCCGAUAAAUAAAUUUGUGAUGCAAACAGUGCCACAAGGCAGCGACUGGAUUUGGGAUUUUGCAUGACAAACGAGAGGGACGAGGGGGUGGGGUUGUGCACAUUCAUAGAGCGAUAUGAUUCUUUACGAACUGUUCCAGGCCCGGGACGUGUAUCAAGUUGAAAAAAGCCACCUCCCCAUUAUAUUGAAACGGAAAUUUCUGUUGCUGGAUUUCUGUACACAGAGCUGUAUUGCAACAAGCGAGCUUGUAGGCAUUCCAUUUUCUAAGCCUGAUCAGGUAAAAAUAUGCAAAAGGCUAGCACUCAGGCAAUUCCGCAGGCAUGACAAACCGCUUUGCAUUAGGCAGAAGCGCACGACAGCUUGGCUGUGGAAUGCGCCACACGGCUCCCAUUUGCCUCAUAUGCAAGACAGAGCUGAUUCGUGGUCACAAAUCAGCAGCACAAAUUUCCAUUGUGAGUAUGUGGAGGAGGGAUUUUUCUUCACGAUAACGUGGAGGGUGAGACCGUUUUCAUGCGGGCGCUCGGCCACGCGGAGGCGGAAUAUCAAAUGCAAAAAUAUCUGGGCCUGGAGCAAAGCAACUUGUCAUGCUAAAUCUGAAUCAUGUAAAGAAUCUACUGUGUUGCAUGAUUACCAAAAGCUGUCCACUUUUCUUUGAGCCAAUCGAGAGGCGGUUUUUCAUGCAGGAUAGGCAUGAUAGAUAGAACUCUCACAGAAUCUGUCAUGCUAUGUCUUACAUGCCAGACCUCAUGGGUCAUGGAAAACCUGCACGACAAGUCUGGCAUUCUUCUACACCCAGACACACAAUUGCAGUUGAUACGGAAAUGGAGCGGGCGAUUGCAGCUGCAUCGGUGCGAAAGAAGAUGAGCUACGAGCAGCUGCAGAACCCAAGCGAAUUUGAGCGAAUUUCGCUGGACGCGCGGGCGGUGUGGCUGACCCAGUUUUUGUUUGCCAUUGGUGUCCCGCAAGAAGAAAAAAAACAAGAUGCAGCUGGCGGCUCCUCUCCCCGCCGGCAGCGAACAGUGUUGGAACAACUGCAAGAUCUUAUCCUGAGUAAAAACGUACCCACACCAGAGUCAGGGUGAGGAUCUUGCAACACAAACCUAGGAGUUUUGUGAGUCACGCAUGACAAGUUGCACUAUGCAGUGUAGUGCAGGUUAGCAAGUGCAGCCGCAUCACAGAUUCAUCUGCUCAUCCUGUUCACAGCAUCACAAAUUCCAAAACACGAUUGGAAAUGGCCCUCAUGGGGAUGCGCAUUACAAGUCUUCCUGUCUUUUCAAAUCUGCAUUACAACUCUGGUGUGGGUACGUUUUUCCUCAGGAUAGAUCUAGCGCCGUUUCUGGAAAUAGUCCUCACCUAUUCGGUUUCGCCUCUGGGCGAAACGGUUUUGCACCGCGCGGCAAUGUUUGAGCACUUGUUUGAGCCCGUGCUGCGUCCCAUACUGGAAAUGGUUUUGCGGGCCCGGGCGUUGGUGGUUGACGAAUUGAAGCACGAGUCCUUACCCCAGCUCACCAAGCAACCAAAGGUCAGCUCGAGCGAGCUCGAGGCAGUAAAAGAGCAGGUGGAGAAAUUUUUGUACGCGAGGUCUUCUGCGCCGCGGACCUUCGGCAUGACCUUUCUGGACGUGGUGACAGAGUUCCAGCCUGAAGCGGCUGCGCAAAUAGUACAAGAACUCAUCGGUGUAUCCAGAAAAAAAAGUGUGUAAGUGUAAUUUUCUUUGAGGAACAGCAUCACAGAUUUGCUCUACACGACAGAGAAAACCUGUCAUGCGUGGCUUGUAAGGCAAAACACACAUGAAAAGAGAGCUUCAUGGCUGUCUUGCAUGACAGGUGUAACUCUGUUGCAUGUUCUGCAACACAAAUUUACACUCACACAGUUUUUUUCUUGCAUACGGUGGAAGACAAGAAGGGCCGGUCCGCCCAGUAGACUCUGUCGUGUGGAGCCACGCGGUCAUGACGCUGCAUGUAUCAAAGGGAAAAAUCCCCCCUCCCCAUAUCGAAAUGGAAAUCUGUGAUGCGGGAUUUGUGUACACAAAUCGGCUUUGUAUUGCAGGAAGGCAUCGCGGCCAGAUCCACAGGCUAUGCAGGGGCGUAUCGGUCUAGUUGUUCAGCAUGGCAAACGGCUCCGCUUUAGGCCCAACAGCAUGACAAAUCGCCUCCAUAAUGGGGGCGAAGCUUUUGCCCUUGUCUUCUUGCAAGACAGACGUGAUUUGUGACCUCAAAUACGCAACACAAAUUUUCGGAAACAUGCCUUUUCGAUAUGGGGAGGGGGGAUUUUUCCUCUCAAUAGCAUGCCAGUCAGGACUAUCGAAAAUUUGUAGCUGACGUGCAAGAGUGCGCUCGAAACGCACUGGACGAGCAGAAAAAGGACGAGCAGAAAAAGCAAGACGUGCCGGGUGGGCAAGAUGGCCCAGAGUAUUACUUUAUUGGCGAGAAGACACCAAAAGCUCCCCCGGAAGAUCGGUUCAGGCAGGUUUUUAUCAAAUGCAAAAAUGUCUGGGUCUGGAAGAAUGCAAGUUUGUCAUGCUUGUCUGGCAUGACUUCUCGAGAUGAAUCUGUGUUGCAUAGGCACGAAAAGGCCCUCUUACCUGUCGUGCAAAAACGCAGUUUGCCAUGCGGAAUACGUAAGACAUGGCAGCCAAAAAAAUUUGUCAUGCAUAGCUGCGUAAUAUUGCAAUGCGUCUACCAUUCACUUUUAGCAUUAUACAAAAUUCCAGACCCAGACAUAUUUGUAAUCCAUAGCUUUCGAGGCAAUUUCGACGCCAUACGAGGCUGUGUCCGUGGCGCCCCCGCCGAUUCUGCUCGAGCGACUGCCAGAAGAUCAUGCUCGUACUAACCCUCUGCAUAAAGAUUUCGAUUUGUACCCGCCGCUGCAAUAUUCCAUUCUUUUACACGGCCUGCGAAAGCAAUAUGGUAGCCCCCUGGUCGCCUACAACUUGAAAACGAUUCUGAGUUUCAGCUACGGAUCGCUGCCGCACCCCUGUGUCCCCAAGAUGCCGCAGAAACUACUAGAACCUUCGUUGCACAGCAACUGCCGGGAAGUGCAGUGGCAUGAAUUCCGAAACGCGGCUGCCUCUAUCAAAUGCAAAAAUGUCUGGGUCUGGAAGAUUCUGAGACUUGUCAUGCAUAUUUUGUAUGAUCGAUGAUGCCUCUAAUGCAUGACCUAGCAUCACAGGUUUUUUGAGGGCUUCCUAAUGCCUAUUCCGCGUGACAAAUGCCCUCUCCGCGUAACAAAAAGUAGAAUCCUUUUGCUGCUCAUGCAACACAAUUUUUUUAGAUAUCCAAAUGCAGCAUCACAAGUUGCAUUCUUCCAGACCCAGACAUUUUUGCAUUUGAUAGCCUCGGAUAUUCUACGACACAAGUUCGACCUCACGUGGGAGCGGUAUGUCGCAUAUCACAGUGCACAACUCCACCUCCCCCGAUUUGUCAUGCAAAAUACCUAGUCCACCCUUUGCCUCUUGGCACUGUUUGCAUGACAAGUUCUGGUAGCCCAAAUGGCACUAUAAUCCGUUGCAAAUUUUGUCAUGCAAAACCGGCACUAUUGCUGAUGUUUGUGUUGCCAUUCAUGCUAUACAAAUGAGGGGGAGGGGGAGUUGUGCACUGUUAUAUCGCACGUAGCUGGGCCGGGAUGGAGGAGACUGGUACUGCUUUGGCGCCUACUGCUGCCCAGUCCUCGCGCGGCCUCGGUUCAUCGCGCCAGAGAUUUUCAAAGAAGAAGGUGGAAGAGACUUUCAGAGAGAGUAGCAACUGCUGCGCGGCACCUUUUAUCAAAUGCAAAAGUGUCUGGGUCUGGAAAGUUGGAACUUGUGAGGCUGCCUUGGGAUUCUAAAAAAAUCUGUAUUGCACCAUGACCAGCAAGAGGAGCCCAGUUUGUGCUACGUGGGGAGGGCAUUUGUCAUGCGGAAUAGGCAUCAGGAUGGUCGUAGCCUGCUAAGAAUCUGUCACGCUAGGGCAUACAUCACAGACAUUAUGGCUCAUGCAAAACGUGCAUGACAAAGCUGCACUCAUCCAGACCCAGACAUAUUUGCAUUUGAUACCUUUUCAUUGGUGGGACAAGCUGGUUUGUCCGCCUUGCACAAGGACCAGCCGCGCCGGCGGCGCACUGAUGUCCACUGUAUGGAUUGCAAAAAUGUCCGGGUCUGGAGGGUUGCAACUUGUGAUGCUAUCUCUGGAUUCUAAAGAAAUCUGUAUUGCAUGACCAGCAAGAGGAGUCCACUUUGUGCUACGCGGAGAGGGCGUUUCUCAUGCGGAGUAGGCAUCAGUAAGCCGUCUAAAAAUCUGUGAUGGUACGGCAUGCAUUACAGGCGUUGCGGGUCAUGGAAAAUCUGCAUGACAAGUCUUGCAACCUUCCAGACCCAGACACUUUUGCAUUUGAUACACUGGAGGGGACAGCAACAUCAACAUGCUGAGUCAGCAAGUUCGUCGAGGACACCCGCUGCAAGAACCUCUACCCUCGAGUGGAUCCCCGUGUUCCUGUGAACGAAUACAUCCGGCGGUUGGCACGACGAUGCGAGGAGGUCUUGAUGUUGUUCCAGGCACUUCGCAGCUUACUAUUACCGCUGAUUCCAAUUUUGCGCGGUAUGUGAAGGUGGUACAGUAUCACAGGAAAAAAGUGUUACAAUUACACAUUUGUUGGACUUUCAGCAUCACAAAGUUGCUCUGCAUGGCAAAGAAAACCUGUGAUGCGCAGGCUUUAAUGGAAAUAAACGCGAAUGAAAUAAUCAUGAGGCUGGCAAGCAUUUCCAGCAUCACAGAGGUUGUCUGUCUUGCUUGUCUUCCAUCAGAGUGUGUAACUGUAACACUUUUUUCCUACGAUAUGCAACUGGAAGACGCCGGGACUGAACUCAUGAGGGACUGUAUCCUGAGUAAAAACGUACCCACCCCAGAGUUGUAAUGCAGAUUUGCAAUGACAAAGACAUUUGUGAUGCGCAUCCCCAUGAGAGCCAUUUCCAAUCGUGUUUUGGAAUUUGUGAUGCUGUGAACAGGAUCAGCAGGUCGAUUUGUGAUGCGGCUUUCCUUGCUAACUUGCACUACCUUACGGACUGAAACUUGUCAUGCGUGACUCCCAAAACUCCUAGGUUUGUGUUGCAAAGUCCCCAUCUUGACUCUGGUGUGGGUACGUUUUUACUCAGGAUACACUGGCACGAGGCUGUCUUGCGGGUCACCAUCGAAAUUGAAACCGUUCUAGCAAGUACUGAUACCCAAGAAUUAGAAAGAGGACACCGUUACGAAAGACGGCGACGAAGGGCAAGAGGAGAGGAACUAAACCCACUAGAAGGUGAAACAUCUUGGGUGCUGGAACGCAGAAAAUUUGCGGUAAAAGUGGUCGACUUUUUUCACGCAGUGUCGGAUUACCGGCGGAGUAUCAAAUGCAAAUUUGUCUGGGUCGGGAAAAAUGCAAGUUUGUCAUGCCUGCCUGGCAUGAGUCUGAAAUCUGUGAUGCAUGAGCAGGAAAAGGGCCCCUUCAUGCAAAAAUUUAGUUUGUCAUGCGAAAAACGAAACACACAGCAGCGCAAAUACUUGUCAUGCUGGGCUGCGUAUUGUAGUGCGCGCACAAUUCGUAGAUUUGCAUCACAAGUUUCCUCCAGACCCAGACAUAUUUGCUCUUGAUACGGAGGAACGGUUUGCAAAGUAUCCCGGUCCGGUGGGGGAAAGAUAAAGAAUCAAUCAAGGGAGGACAAGAAGCACCAGCAGCGGCGAACGAGCUUUUUGUCCAAAUGGGCGACCGACAGUUUCCCAUGAGCGAAACCGUCUGGAAUAUGCAUUGCAAAUAUGUCUGGGUCUGGAAGAAUAAACAUAAAGCCUGUCUUCAUGCGAUUUCGGAUCACAAAAAAAUCUGUGUUGCAUGAACGCCAACAGUUACGCAAUUCUCGCUAGGCAGAGGGCGAAUUUCUCAUGCGGAAUAAGCAUACGGAAGGUCUCAAAAAAUCUGUGAUGCUUCUGUUUGCAUUACAGACUAUGAGUGUGGUCCGCGAGCGCGACUUGCGUGAUUUCCAGACCCAGACAUUUUUGCAGUCCAUAUGGAAAGUGGUUACGCAAGACACCCCGAUCUUCCUCCCGAAAGAUGCGAAGUAUGGGUGGCCGAGCGACGAGGAAGUUGUGGGGGGAGACAGUAAAAAGGCACAAGGAGAGCCGUUCAUCCACCGUAGCAAGCUGUUGCAAGUGUCGGAAAAGACACCAGUUUUUGGCAAAAAAAUAAACCUCGAGGAGUUCUUGUACCAUCCGUAUUACCAGUCGUUUCCGGUGCGUUUCACCGACAAUUUACUGGAGAUUAUCCUGAGCAAAAACGGCGGCCCGGCCCCAGAAUCAAGAUGGUGUCUUUAUUGCUACACAAAUCGCCAACUUUUGGCUGUUUCGCAUGACAGAUUUGGAUCCGUAGUGUAGUUCUGUUCGAGGUAGUGCAGACGCAUCACCUCAUCCGGAUUUCAGCAUAACAAACAAACUCCCAGAUAGAAAAUGGCUCUCAUGAUCAUGGGGCUGCGCAUGAGAAACAUUUUAGACAUGCCAGUUUGCAUGACAAGUCUGGGGCGGGGACGUUUUUGCAAAUGAUGGACAUUUUUCGCCCGGUGAAGUUCGAUGACUUGCUGACGACCAUUAUGAGAGUGCACAACUCUCCCUCCUCCUCAUUUGUAUUUUUGCAUAAGCUGCAAUACAAACACCAGCACACGUGAAGCCUGUGCGUGACAAAUUCAGUGGUGACCACCUGGUGUAGUACUAUUUGGGUUCUUUCCGGAAAAAUCUGUCAUGCAAAUAUUGCCACAGGGAAGCCAAGCGAAGCACCUGGACUUGGGGUUUUGCAUGACAAAUGAGGGCAGUGCAUUGUGCACCCCUCGGACCCCGCACCCCCCCGGGCUUUAGCUGCGCAGUCUGUUAAGCAUGACGAAUGAGGGCGAGGGGGAGUUGUGCACUCGUAUAACCAUGACGGUGUUCACACAAUCGGGGGAUAGAACCGUCGUGCCGCCGGUAUUCUCGAGUGCGCAGGUGGUGUCUGAGAGUGGUAUACCAACUGCAAAAAUGUCUGGGUCUGGAAGAAUCCAAGGUUUGUCAUGCUCUGCUAGCAUGAUUCCAAUGUCUGUCAUGCACAUUACCCAAAAGUCCCAUUUUUCUGUCAUGCAGAAACGCGCUUUGUCAUGCAGAAUACACAACACCGUAGGCACUCAGAAACUUGUCAUGCUGAGCUGCAAAUUGAGGCUUCCUCGUGAUUGUCCUACCCGCAUCACAAGUUUCCAGACCCAGACAUACUUGCAGUGGAUAUGGUAGUGCGGCGCCCGAGGUGUUGGUGUUUCAUGCAGGAAAACGAUCGAAGUUGCUGGGGAUCAAGAAGUAUCCUGUGCAACAGUAUCGUACUCGUACUAAUGAUCGCAUUCACGCAUUACAAUUGUUUUUGUUAAGCGAAAUCCGCAUUAAGAAAUUUUAUUUCUCAUGCUGAGGAAAUUUGUACUGCAUUCAUACGAGUACGAUACUUUUGCACCGCAUAAGAAGCAAGGGUUCUUCCUACCGCGUGUGAAAACUCCUAAGUACGUCCCUGCCCGAAGGUCAUCGAGCUGGGAGUUUAUUCAACAGCUUAUGCUGAUGCUAGCAUGACAAAUAAAUGCCAGAUAGGAUGAUCAAAAAACGCGCUUCAUGUAGUUGGCACUGCGUACUAUGAGAAAGAACAUUUUAGGUCUGCCGAUUUGCAUUACAAUACAAAGUACUGGUGCGGUGGGGACGUCGACGUAGAUUUUUUUACACAGCACAUUCCACCCCGAUGGUCCGCCGUUACAGUUGGUACGGCAAAGGAUUCUACUUCGCGGUUCAGAUGUGCAAGGCGCACUACUACGCGCAGGGGGAACACUAUCCUACAGAAAAGUUGUACAAGCAUAGGCAUGAUACCAGAAAAAAAAUAUUACGACCUGUGUCGCUAAAUCAGCGUCAGUGAAGUAGACGAGGUCUUCUGUCUCGUCGCGAACACUACUACACCAACAGAGAGAAUUUUCUGUCAGAACAGUACAAGAAAGAAGAGCUACACCGAGUAGACUUGUCGCAGCAUCACAUUUAUUACAUUCUGGUCGUUUUUUUCUGGUAUGGCCGUGCCUAAGAUUUUCUGUGGGAUACACACGAGACGGAAUCGCCCGAGUCAAAAACCCCGGAGGGGGAUGAGGUGGAUGUUCCGUCUGCCUGUUCCUCCAUGCGGAGGACCACUACGUCAUCACAAGGCAAAAAUAUCAACCGGCGGAAGAACAAGAAGGCACAGCAUCAGCUCCGGAGCGUCAUCAAAAAAACGAGGAGGCACCACCAGCGCGGCAAGAAAAAGUUGAUAAAAAGAACAUCAACCUCCUCGGGGCGAAAAAUAAAGCAACGAAUCCUCAAGAAGAACGUCUCGGAAAAAAAAAGGCGCCGAAGAAGGGCUAGAACGUCUACUUUUGUACAGAAGUCCUCGGGCAGCACUACAAGACAAAGAAGUCCUGGGGCGAGGAGUUCCAGGGGACGAGCUACAGCCGGUGUCGGCCACCAGCAGCAGCGGCCAAGUAAAAGAAGACGAAGAGUCCACCACGCGCUGCUAUGCGAUGCAAAUAUGUCUGGGUCUGGAUCCGAAGCAAGUAGAUGUUUUUUAUGCUGCUUCUGCAUGAUACGGAAGGUUCGUCAUAGAAGACCUAGCAUCACAGAUUUCGAGAUGGUUCCGCAAUGCCUAAUCCGCAUGACAAAUCCCCCAUUUUGGCGGCAGGAACUGGGCGUCUUUUGCUGCCUAUGCAUGAGAGAUUUGUUUGUAUUGUCAAAUACGCAUCACAAAUCCGAAUCCAUCCAGACCCAGACAUAUUUGCAAUGCAUAGCUGCUGAUCAAAGCCAACUUGGGCCGCAUCUGUGCGGUCACGCAGACCUAUGACUGUGCACAACUCUCCUUCCCCCUCAUUUGUAUAGCAUGAACGGCAAUACAAGCAUCAGCAAGAGUGCCGGUUUUGCAUGACAAAUUUACACUGGAGUGUAGUUCUACUAUUUGAACUUGUCAUGCAAACAGUGCCAAGAGGCAUACCCUGGAUUUGAAAUUUUGCAUGACAAAUGAGGGGCGGCAAGAAGGCUUGUGCACUCUCAUAAGACCGUGCCGGGAUUGGAGUUUUUGCCGCCGCAUUGUGACUCGUUGAUCAUCCUUCCGGGGUAUCAAAUGUAAAAGUGUCUGGGUCUGGAAGAAUUCGAAACUUGUGAUGCUGCUUUUCCAUGACCCAUGAGGUCUGGAAUGCAGGACCUAGCACGUCAUGCUUUUGACCAACAUGACAGAUUCUGCGAGACCUUAUUAAUGCCUAUCCUGCAUGAGAAACUACCUCCCGUUUGUAAGAAUAACCCAACAAGGCAACACUGGAGCUCCACCUUGCUCGCGGGCUUGGAUGGUAAAUCAGGUCAGCCACAUCUAGCGCCCACUGGCCGUACGCACGCGUAAGAAAUCGGAAACGGUUCGGCGGAUGCGGUCGGGUGGUACCUGUAGGACGUGGAACGGGUGUCCACCUAGGGUAUUGGCAGAGGCUAAAUCUGUUCUAACGCCACGGUAUUGGCAGAGGCUAAAUCUGUUCUAGCGCCACCCUGACAGGAGUCAAAUGUCAAAACGAUACGAUCCGACUUGGUCAAAACUGGACGACUUUUGGUAAUCAUGCAACACAGAUUUUUGCAUGCUGCAGAUUUAGCAUGACAAGUUGCAAUCUUCCAGACCCAGACACUUUUACAUUUGAUACGGGGCUGAUGUGGCGGUGGCACCCGGGCGGCGAGCGGAAGAGCGCCGAUGGAAGUAGUGUGGAGCACUUUAUAACCCGCUCAGGUGUUAGAACAGUGUCAAACUUUACAAGAGAGGCUGGGACUUGUCUUGCACAUAUGAGCAUGACAGACUCGCAGAGCGUUCAACUUUCUGCAAUACAAAUUUCGGAAGAUUGUAGCGCGGUUUGGGAAAGAGCCGGAACUUGUCAUGCGUAA